AUGUCAAAGGAAGUUGGAGAUUAUCUUCUUAAAAAAGAAAUUGGAAAAGGUGCAUUUUCAGUAGUUUAUGAAGCAAUAAAAAAAUCAACAAAUGAAGAAGUUGCAGUAAAAGUGAUAGAUACAGCUAAAUCAGAUCCACAAAAGCUUCAAGGUGAAAUUAAAAUAUUAAAAAUGGUUGACCAUCCAUAUAUAAUUAAAUUAUAUGAUGUAUUUGAUGGGAAUGAUGGUAAAUUAUAUAUUAUAACUGAUCUAGUUAAAGGAGGAGAGUUAUUUGAUAGAAUUAGUGAUAAAACAUUUUAUCCAGAAGAUAAAGCAAAAAUUGUUGUUAAACGAUUAAUUUCUGCUAUUGGAUAUUUACAUUCAAUGAACAUUGUUCAUAGAGAUUUAAAACCAGAAAAUAUAUUAUUAAAAAGUCCUGAUGAUGAUACUGAUGUUCGUAUUGCUGAUUUUGGAUUUUCUAAAAUGAUUACUGAAGAUGCACAAAUAUUAUUAACUGCUUGUGGUACACCAGUUUAUGUUGCUCCUGAAGUAUUAAAUGCAAAAGGAUAUGGAAUGGAAGUUGAUAUGUGGUCAAUUGGGGUUAUUACAUAUGUCUUAUUAUGUGGUUAUCCUCCAUUUUUUGGUGAUACAUUAGGUGAAAUAUUAAGUGCUGUAUGUGCAGCUGAUUAUGAUUUUCAAGAAGAGUAUUGGUCUGAAGUUUCAAAUGAAGCAAUCCAAUUUAUUAGUAAUUUGUUAGUACUUGAACCUUCAUUAAGAUUAACCGCAGAGGAAGCUUUACAAGACCCUUGGUUAGCUGAUGUUGAUAUUGACAACGCUUAA